CAGUACAAGAAGGCUGAUGUCCACCAUAGACAUGCACUUGCAUAAAUAUGUAGGCUUUUAUAGAAUUUAGAAUAGAAAACGACGAACGCGAGAAUUGUAUAUUAAUUCAGAUCCAUUGCAAAAGGAUUGCACCUGAGGUGAUCUGCAAAUGUUUCACAGGGACAUGGUGUUACUUGGCUGACUGUGACUGAAAUGGGGAGCCCGUGUUCGUAGCUAAUGAGAUGGAAUACGAUGAGAAACUUGCCCGUUUUCGCCAAGCCCACGUCAACCCCUUCAACAGAGGAGAGGAGGAAAGUGCCAGGGAGGACAAAAAUGUCCCUGAACAUGAGGUGAGGCCUGAGCUGUUCUCCGAAACCAAAGCACAGACUGUGGACCGGACCAUGGACCUGGGGCUGGCUGAGGACCACUUCUCCAGGCCUGUGGGCUCCUUCGUGGCCUCGGACAUCGAGCAGCUGAAGCAGGCCAUCGAGGAGUGCAAGCGGCUGAUCCUGGAGCUGCCCGAGCACUCUGAGCGACAGAAGGACACCGUGGUCAAGCUCAUCCACCUUCGGCUCAAGCUGCAGGAGCUGCAGGACCCAGAGGAGGAUGAGCCCAAUCUGAGAGUCCUUCUGGAGCACCGCUUCUCCAAGGAGAAGAGCAAGAGCGUGAAGCAGACCUGUGACAAGUGCAGCACCAUCAUCUGGGGCCUCAUUCAGACCUGGUACACCUGCACAGGUUGUUACUACCGUUGUCAUAGCAAAUGCAUGAACCUCAUCACCAAGCCCUGUGUGAGGUCAAAGGUCAGCCAUCAGUCUGAGUAUGAACUGAGUAUCUGCCCUGAGAUCGGGCUGGACAGACAGGAUUACAGGUGUGCAGAAUGUCGGACACCUGUGUCACUGAGAGGCGUGCCCAGCGAGGCCCGGCAGUGUGACUACACUGGACAGUACUACUGCACCAGCUGCCACUGGAACGACACGGCCGUCGUCCCGGCGCGUGUCAUACACAACUGGGAGUUUGAGCCGCGGAAGGUGUGCCGCUCCUCCAUGCGUUACCUGGCUCUCAUGAUGCCCAGACCCGUGCUGAAGCUCCGCGAGAUCAACCCGCUGCUCUUCAACUUUGUGGAAGAGCUGGUGGAGAUCCGGAAACUGCGUCAGGACAUCCUUCUGAUGAAACCCUAUUUCAUCACCUGUAAGGAGGCCAUGGAGGCCAGGCUACUGUUACAGCUGCAUGACCGGCAGCACUUUGUGGAGAACGACGACAUGUACUCUCUCCAGGAUCUGAUUGACAUCUCCAGCGGCCGCCUCAGCUGCUCCCUGACCGAGAUCCACACCACCUUCGCCAAGCACAUCAAACUGGACUGUGAGAGGUGCCAAGCGAAAGGCUUUGUGUGCGAGCUGUGUAAGGAAGGAGACGUGCUCUUCCCCUUUGACAGCCACACCUCUGUGUGCCAUGACUGCUCGGCUGUCUUCCACAGGGACUGUUACUAUGACAACUCCACUACGUGUCCACGGUGCACAAGGAUGACUGAACGCAAACACGAUCCAGGAAACCCCCAAGUGGCUUGACCUCCUUCCUCCCCGCCUCCCCGCCCCCAAUCACUGUGACAACAGGCAGAAGACAACAGUGCAUUUUUGCUUUUAGUCUAUGCUACAUUAAGAUGAGUGUUUUCAGAUGAACGUGGACAACUUUUCAUCCACUGUAGUUUUGUUCACGAGCAUAUCGGCAGUUGAUGACAUGCGCACUGCAUAUAAAGGAAGAAGCUUGUACCGGUGAUCACAGGAAAGAGAAAACGGGUAAUUAUCACGUUAGGUAGUCUUCUGAGCUCUUCUAUCGACAGAAACUAGUCCAACACUAUUAUGUUUCACUUGGUAGGUAUGAAUUGGAAAGUCACAUGUGCAAACCAGGGCUUAUAACCUGUUAUACAACCUCACCUGCGAGCAUUUACUGAUAUUUCGGUUGCUAUGACUGAACUCAAGUCUGAAGAUGAAUGUGGCAAAAAAAAAAAACUCUUCCUUAACUGACUGACAGCAAAAACUUUUUACUGUGUAACUCAUGUAUUGCAUAAAGACUAUUUCAAAGGAAGGCUGUAUUGAAUAUUGCCAUAUUGUUAACAUUUAGUGAGUGUUUUUUAAAAAUGAAAACAUUUAACAAAUCAAGCAUUGGCAGGCAAUUUUGUUUAAAAAUAAUGUUUUUCUCACUCAAAAUAUUGGAUGUAUGGUCAAAACCAGUGCUCAUAAGUAAGUGUAUUUACAAUAUGCAUGCCAUUCCUUGGUUUAUUGACUUUGGUUCCAUUUGUCAGCUUAAAUUUUGUGCAAUAUGCAUUCUCCUGCUGUGGAAGCAUUGCUAAAUUAGUCGAGGACACAGAUGACAAGGCAAUCUUGUCAUACAAGAUGGGGAUAUUUUGAUGUUAUAUUAUUUGUUUUAAAAUAAUAUUUGUGUUCGCUGUAUUGUUUCAGCAUGGACCUCUUUAUUGAACCCCCCCGCCUUCCCCUCCCCCCAAUUUUAAUUGUAAUUUACUAUUUUUGUGAUGUUUUAUUUAGUGUAUCAAAAUGUAACUGCACUGUCGGUAAUAAAUGUAAUCAUGUGUAAGUAAUGCAUGAAUAAAGUCCUGAAGAACCAACAAA